AUGGCUGAUAACAAGGAAGACCUCGCCGCCUUGGGAGCUGGCAACCUCUUUGGUGUCAAAGGCAUGGUUGCUGUCAUCACUGGUGGUGGCUCAGGAAUCGGUCUCAUGAUGGCGAAGGCCUUGGCAGCCAAUGGUGCCGAAAAAGUCUACAUCCUCGGUCGGCGCAAAGAGGUCCUGGAAGAAGCCGCGGCAUCUGUGGGACCCAGACUCAUCCCUCUGGUCUGCGAUGUUAGUGACAAGAACAGCCUCAAGGAAGCAACCGCCGCCAUUGAGAAGGAAGCCGGCUUUGUCAACCUUCUUGCCUGCAAUGCUGGUGUCGGAGGACCCCAGGUCAAGGCCCCGACUCCCGAGAUGACGGCUGAAGAAUGGGCCGAGCAGCACCUUGCCCAUGACACCGCUGACUACACACGAGUCUUUGAUAUCAACGUCACCUCUGUGUGGUACACCGCCAUGGCUUUUGUGAAGCUGCUUGACCUUGGUAACAAGAAGGGAAACCUAUCACAAAGCUCCCAGGUCGUCUCGACGAGUUCCAUUGCCGCUUUCAACAAGAUCGCUCCCGGUGGCUGGGCGUACGGCCAGUCCAAGGCAGCUGCGACAUUGGUUAUCAAGCAAUUGUCAAGUAACCUGCCCCGUUGGAACAUCAGAGCCAACUGUAUUGCUCCUGGCCUGUUUCCGAGCGAAAUGUCGGCUCCCAUUGCCAAGCUUUACGCCGAGGAUGGUAGUGUCCCCAAAGAAAUGGUGCCUCUUCAAAGAAUGGGCGAUUCGCAAGACAUGGCAGGCGUCAUGUUGUACCUUGCCUCGAGAGCUGGUGCGUAUUGUAACGGCGCGGUGAUAACGGUGGACGGAGGUAGACUUGGAAACUUCCCUACCACAUGGCAUGCUUAG